GAGCCAAGGCACACGGGAGGGAGGGUAGAUACUUAAAAGGAACGCGCCAAGAAGGAGGAGAAGCAAGCGCCCUUCUUCCCCCUCGCCCGACCUUCCGCAAGUCGUCGAUCGAAAUGGCCUCCGAGAGGGAUUCGCACUCGUCCGAUGCUCAGAAAGGAGAGGAUGCGACGUACGUGCUCGACGAGCGCCGUCGAGCAGCCUUGGCGGACGUCGACAACGCUAAAUUCUCAUGGUUCCAUGUCAAGGUGGCCAUGGUUGCUGGCGUUGGUUUCUUCACGGACGCGUACGACAUCUUCGCGAUCAACAUCGCGUCGAAGAUGCUCGGAUACGUGUACGGGUCAGUAAAGGCAGGGGACCCUCCUGAGAAGAGGGCCCUGAAUUCCGACCAGGACCUCGGCAUCAAGGUCGCUACCCCGUGUGGUACUUUCUUCGGCCAGUUACUUUUCGGGUAUCUGGCUGACCACCUUGGCCGCAAACGGAUGUAUGGUGUGGAGCUCAUGAUUAUCAUCAUCGCCACCUUCGCACAAGCGCUCAGCGGUCAUGCACCUGCCGUUGGCAUCAUCGGCGCACUCGUUGUCUGGCGAUUUAUUAUGGGCGUCGGCAUCGGCGGUGACUACCCUCUCAGCGCCGUCAUCUCCUCCGAAUUCGCCUCGACCAAGAUCCGCGGCCGCCUCAUGACCGCCGUCUUCGCCUUCCAGGGCUGGGGCAACUUUUGCGCCGCGCUCGUCGCCCUCAUCGUCACCGCCGCCUACAAGGAUUCUAUCCUCGGCGACAACACCGCAACGAUGGACCACGUCGACUACUGCUGGCGCAUCCUCAUCGGCCUCGGCUGCGUGCCCGGCUGCGUCGCGCUGUACUUCCGCCUGACGAUCCCGGAGACGCCGCGCUACACAAUGGACAUUGAGCGCAACGUGCAGCAGGCGGCGGAUGAUAUCACGAACGUGCUCACGACGGGCAAGUUCAAGCACGACGAGGACGUCGUGAUGCAGCGCGCGGAGGCGCCGAAGGCCAGCUGGGCGGACUUCCGUCACCACUUCUCGCAGUGGUCCAACUUGAAAGUGCUCAUUGGUGCUGCGUGGUCGUGGUUCGCGCUCGAUAUCGCGUUCUACGGCCUCGGCCUCAACUCCAGCAUCAUCCUCGACGCCAUAGGGUUCGGGUCCCCGAAGUCCACAGGCACGCAGCGCAUCUACGACGACAUGUACAACGUCAGCGUCGGCAACCUCAUCCUCUCCGCCGCCGGCCUCAUCCCCGGCUACUGGGUCAGCUUCCUCUUCAUCGACUCCUGGGGCCGCAAGCCCAUUCAGCUCAUGGGCUUCACGAUGCUCACCAUCUUGUUCAUCAUCAUGGGCUUCGGCUACGACAAGCUCACCGAGACGUCCGGCGCCAAGAAGGCGUUCGUCUUCCUGUACUGCCUCGCGAACUUCUUCCAGAACUUCGGCCCGAACACGACCACGUUCGUCGUCCCCGGCGAGGUCUUCCCCACGCGCUACCGCUCCACCGCGCACGGUAUCUCGGCCGCCUCUGGCAAGCUCGGCGCCAUCAUCGCGCAGGUGGGCUUCGCGCAGCUGAAGGACAUCGGUGGCCCGAGCGCGUUUGUCAAGCAUAUUCUUGAGAUCUUCGCCCUCUUCAUGUUGACGGGUAUCUUCUCGACGCUGCUCAUCCCGGAGACGAAGAACAAGUCCUUGGAAGAGCUCUCCAACGAAACGCAGGAGGGCUUCUACAAGGGCGUCGCACCGAUUGUACCUGCCGUACCGCAGGGUGCUGUCGUACCGACCUUGUCAUCAUAGGUAUUCCGGAGGAAAAGUACUGCUGUUAGUAGUGUAUGCUCAUGCCCGGCACCUUACUCUCAUUAUUUAGUGUACUCACGUUGUAUGUGGUGGCGUUGUGUACGCCGAUAUCUAUUCGUUCA